UAAAAUUGCACAGCAUUAGUGUCAUAAGACUGUUGAGUGUGUUUGUCAUUCUUAGGCUAUAAAAGGAUCUCUCCACCUGCAAACAUACCAGACAGCUGAGAAACACUUGUGCAGGUAGCCUACGUUAAAUAAUAAUUAUAAUCGACGGAGGUCAUUGUUACAGAGAUGUUGGGAGGAAAAGCUUUAAUCUCAGGCUGCACCCUGCUUGCGCUGGUUACUUUAUGUGGUCAAACUGCUCACUGCAAAACCGAAGGUUCAACUCUACUGAAAGACCUGAGAAUUGUUCUUGUUGGAAAAACUGGAUCUGGAAAAAGUGCUUCUGGAAACACCAUCCUGGGAAAUCCAAAUGCCUUUAAAAAGGAUAUAUCUCCUGAGUCUGUUACUAACAGCUGUCACAAAGAAGAGUCUAAUGAUGGUGAGAGGAAAGUCGUUGUGAUCGACAGUCCCGGACUUUUUGAUACUAACAAAACACAAGAAGUUGUGAAAGGAAAAAUUGAGGAGUGUAUUACGCAGUCAGUUCCUGGACCCCAUGCUUUUCUGUUAGUGAUCAGUCUGAAAGCUAGAUUCACUGAUGAGGAGAAGGCCACUGUGAAGUGGAUCCAGGAUAAUUUUGGUUCGGAUUCUUCCAUGUAUACCAUCAUUCUGUUCACACACGCUGACUUUCUAGAGGAUAAAUCAGUGUACCAAUAUGUCUCGGAGAGCUUACAUCUAAAAAGACUGAUAGACCAGUGUGGAGGAAGGUAUCAUUCACUCAUGAAUAACAAGGAAGGAAACAGAAUCCAGGUUGAAAGUCUUCUAGAGAAGAUAGACAAAAUGGUGGAGUUUAAUGGAGGAAAACACUACACCAACGAGAUGUACCAGCAAGCCCAGGAGAAACUUUAUGAGGAGGAAAGGAAAAGAGAGGAAGAGAAGAGGGCAUGGUGUAAUAAGCUCACUAUUUUUUCCGCGAUAUCUAUCGCAGCAGGAGCUUUCUUACCUGCAGGACUUCUCCAGUUUGGGGCUCGUGCAUUAGGUGUAGUUGGGUCACUUGCAGCCUAUAAUUGCACGUUUACGUAGCUCUGUGGAGCCUGUAAUAAAUACAAAUAUGGAAAAAGCUAUGGAUAAUGAACGAUCCUCAACUCAAAAUGAUGUUACCUUAAUUUUUAACUGAAAAUUCAGUCUGCAUGCUUGUGUAUCAGUGGGAAUUAGAAAUAUGCUGUUAUCAGUUUUGCAAAAUGGGGUUUUGACUAUGUUAGACGAACCAUUGACAUGCAACAACAUUUAUUUUAAGCAAUGACUUUGGACCAAGCCAGAUACACACAUAGUUCUCAAAUUAAUUAUUCAGAAACAACAGUUUAAACAAAAAGCAUCUACCGGGAAUGAUCUGGCACAGAGGCUCUAGGAAGUUACUGUUUCCAGCUAAUGUCAACCUCAAUAGGCUUUAAGUCGAAUUCGGCUAUCAACAUGGCUUUUCUUGUACACUAAAUGUAUACUGUUUACUAAACAUUUAUAGUUUACAUUUAUUUUUAAGAACAAUGAUUGAUUUUGAAUUUCUGCAAAACUGUCAAUGGCAAAAUGACCCCAAAAAGCCCUGGUUUGUCUUUACAUAUCGUACAUAUACAAACACACACACACACACACGCACACACACACGCUCUAAGCUAAGCUAAGCUUGAAACACGUACAGUAAUUGCUCUUACUAAGCUUUAAACAAAAUCUUAAUUUGAAAUGCAUGCUUCAUACUGUAUGUGAUUGUGUUGGAAUAAAUCGUUCUUCAAUAAAGUCUGAAAGAUGCUUACUA